GCCAUCGCUUUCAUCAUGCGAUAAUUGCAGAUCGCGCAACAUCAGCAUGGGCAUAGAAAUAGUUGAGGCCAUAGACAAUAGCUUCAAUACCUCAUCAAACAAUAAGGAACGUUCAAUAUUAUACAGAGGACAAUGGAAGAAGUUUUUCUUCCAGUUUCAACUUCCGUUGUCUUUAUUGUUAUUUCUUUUUAUCAUUAUAUUUCAUUUUGAAUCUUUGUUUUGGGAAGGAAUUGUACAAAGAAUGCUUAUGCAACAUCAAUCACGAAACACACAGAGCGCUAUCCUCACUUUUUCAUUCCCUGUCCCAUUUUUAUUUUUUAUUUUCUAUUUUGUUUCAACUCUUCUCCUUUUUUUCUUUACUAUUGAUCUUUUACUUGUUUUGACUUUCUGUACUCUUGUUUAUUGUUGGCGAAAUUGUUCGUUUAUAGUGCUACAGUGAGUCCGCGACUCUUUGCAUUUAUUUUUCUCUUUCUUUCAAUAAAACGUUUAAAUGAAACAAUAUUUUGGAGGUACAAGUCCGCGUCCAAAACUCCCACUUUCGUUGUUUCUACCAUUCGCUAUUCUGCAUUUUCGACAUGCUUAUGAUCAUCUUAUGCAUUUUGCCUGGUCAGUUUCCGUGUUUUGAGUUUUCGAUCAAAGGCAUACGUACCUUUUCUACAUCAUUGAAUGCAGUUUUGGUUGCUAAUUCAAACUCUGGCAUGUCGAAAAAGGAGACAAGUGUAAUUUAAGGUCGAAAAUGCGAGGAAAAACCGACAGAAAAGCCUUGUGUCUUUCCUCUUCCUGUAAUUUCAGACAGCUUAAUAACGAGACUUUUCUAAUUUAGUUUUUUCUUCAGAAAGCUGUUUGUGACGGAGAUCGAUGGUCUUCGUUUAAUAAUUUUAUUCGUCAUGGUGAGGCAGGUCGUAUCGUGAUGAAAGGUGGUCCUGGUCGAGCAAGAGACAUUGCACCAGGUCAAUAUAAUUUAUUAAGUUUCGAUUUAGCUCCUCAUCGGCACCGUCGUCAGUCUCCCGCUCCCGAGUACGUAACAAUUCAAAACAAUGUAGUUUGGAUUCCAUCUGAACAAGGUAGUACUGAAUCGGGGGAAAUAAUAUUUCCAAGUGAAUUUAAUCACCGUUUGCAUAUUGAAUUAGCAACGAAUGAAAAACUUGGCUAUUAUGGUUGUUGUUUUGCGAAUAUGACAGAAAGAAAUGUUGUACUCUUUAAGCCACAUGCUAUUCAAGAUUUUACAUACUCGUCAAAUUAUUUUUCCGAUUUUGUCGGAGCUGGACAUCGUGCUGGUUUGGAACGACAUAAUUUUGCACAUUUCGAUUGUCCAUUGGAUGACACUAGUCAGGGGUAUUUUAUACUUGGAAAAUAUAUGAACAAUCAUAAAAAUGAAAAUGUGCUGCAUUUGUCAGCAUUUAUCAUACCAAAACACUUUACGUUAUAUAUCCCUCCGAAUGUCAUACAUUCGAAUGAUUAUUUACGAGGCAAAUGGAGGACCAUGCUGUCCGAUUUACUAGUUGAUCACGUUAAAUUAAAACAAAGAAGACAUAAUCCACACGAAAUGUCCGAUUUUGCAUUUGAUUUUAUUGUUUGA